UUUUUUUUUUUUUUGGUGAAUUAGAUAGAAAAUCACAUCUUUUUUCGGGGGAGAAAAGCAAGCAGCUGCUGCUGCUGCCGUCGAUUCGGCCGGGGGUGUCUGUCGGCAGCUUCUAUCUUACUGUUUCAGGUGACCUAUUUCGAGCUGGCCGAAGCUUCUGGAGCUUAGGGUUUCAAUCAAUUGGGAUUUCCCAGCUUAACCAAGUAAGCUCCAUGCGAAGCGAAUUAACAUCUCCUGCUUCGAGUUUGAUGCAAUGAGCGCCGUGAACAUCACGAACGUCGCGGUAUUGGAUAACCCGGCAUCCUUUCUGACUCCCCUCCAGUUCGAGAUCUCCUACGAGAGCGUUACGCCUCUGAAAGACGAUUUGGAAUGGAAGCUUAUCUAUGUUGGAUCUGCCGAAGAUGAGACUUAUGAUCAACUGCUAGAGAGCGUGCUUGUUGGCCCGGUUAACGUUGGAAAUUAUCGAUUUCUGUUGCAGGCUGACCCCCCAGACCCAUCAAAGAUACGUGAAGAAGAUAUCAUCGGGGUCACUGUACUUCUGCUUACCUGCUCUUAUCUGGGCCAGGAAUUCGUGAGGGUGGGCUACUAUGUCAACAAUGAUUACGAGGAUGAACAGCUGAGAGAAGAACCUCCAUCAAAGGUGCUGAUCGAUAAGGUCCAGAGGAAUAUACUCUCUGACAAACCUCGAGUCACAAAGUUCCCCAUCAAUUUUCACCCAGAGAGCAGUGGAAGUGGGGAACCAUCGCCUUCACAGGAUCAGCCCGUUGAGAACAAUGGCGAUGGGGAACAACGAUUCGAUACACCAGCUUGCCCUCCAGAAGAGCCAGGACCUUAGCAUUUGCACUGUGAGAUCGACAUCUGACCCUCGAUAGAUCAAUACAUCAGUUUGAGGUACAAGCGCGGUUCUCGUUUUAAGGAAUGCUUUUGCUCCUUGAAUGAAGAUUCAUGCCCCUACGCUACAUCACACCUGCUCUUGCCUCCUGAGGUCUCAAUCUAUCACCUCUGUUUUUGGUUGAUCAACUAGAGAUCCUCCUGGGAGAUGCUUUUCUCCUUGUGUUGUUACACCUAAUCCUUUCGGAUCGAUGGACGAGAAUUUUUUGGUCUCCUAAAGACUUUGUAGUUUCUAACUUAUAAUGGUGUUAUGUUAACCUUCUGCCCUAGGUUGGAUGCUCCAACUCUUCCAAUGCGUAUGCUGCUGAUUUUCCCCGUGUUUCAAUAAAGGUUCCUCUUCUUUUUACUGGCAA